CAUGACCUGAGCCGAAGGCAGAGGCUUAAACCCCUGAGACACCCAGGCACCCUGGAGUUUUGUUCAUAAAAUCUCUUUGGUGUUUUCCUUUAUAUUAGAGAAAGUGGCUGAAAAGGAACCAGAUUGCGGAGGGCUUUGAGUGCCAGGCUAGGAUGUUUGGGUUAUCAGGAUGAAAAGAAUACAGUUAAUGGUAUAAUACAGAAGGAAUUGCUGGGGAGAAGCAUAACCAGGCAGCAAGAGGCUAGUGAGAUGAUCCAGCACAAAAUAGUAAAGUAAGAUGCUUUGCCGUCCAGCAGGUAGCUGAGAACAAGAAGCAGUAACAGUAGCUAGGACUUAGUGAAAGCUUCCCAUGUGAGCCCAGCAGGUUUCACAGAUUCUCCCAGAGCCCAUAGUUUCUACAGAGGAAUUUGCUCAUCUGCAGCUUACUCGUUGGAGAGAGUGGAAUGAGUCUGAAGUUGGGUGGCUGGAAGGAGAAGGUGGAUUGUGGGAGUGGAGCUUCCAUGGUUCUGUACUGGGCAUGAGGAAGUAAGUGGUCAGGAAGUGCUGAGGCCAUUCCAAUUGUAGAAUCAUAUGAUUUUUUACCAGAAAGGGGAUUAGGCAAUGAGUUGAGUCCUCUCACCCUCGUAGAUAAAAGUGAUUUGCCUACAUUAAUUCCAAAAGCAAGGGAGAAUAUAAAAGGAAUCCAUGUCCCCAAAUUUAAGUUGCCAAGAGACUCCAGUAUUCAAACCCAGAUUUUAGACAGGGAUAAUAAGAAACUGAUACUGGUCAUGUUGAAAGUGAAACUCCAUUAAGCCUGAGUAGUGCUGGGGAAACACAAGCCUGAAGCUCAAAGUUCAUGGCUUCAUCAAAGCAGCUCCAAAUCCCGAAGGUGAGAUGGUUCUCACCUGGAGCCCAUGUGUGUUCCUCUACCCUUUGGCUUGGGAACAAGUCACCUGGGACUCACUCCAGCAGGUGGCUUCCAAAGUCCAACCUGCUAGGUUGAAACCUGACACUGACAGAGACUCCCUGGGAGCUGCUAUUGAAAGCUGAACCAGGAACCAGGAAAUGCACCAGCCUCUACACGUAGAAAACAGCUGGGCUCCCUCAGAGACAGAGCACCAUGGGAAACCAGCUCUGCUGCACGGGAAGCUGGAGGUGCCCAUCAACUUCCCAGAGGAAAAAGAAAACGGGAAGCCAAGCAAGACGGGCCCCGAAGCAGCAGCAGCAGCAGCAGCAGCAGCAGGAGCAGCGGAGGCAGAAUGGUGUAAAGGCCCAUGACACAAGAGGACCUAUUUACGAACAGGUGUUAGAGAAGCCGGCGGUUCAGGAGCCGAGUCAAGGCCUCAGGCUGAAGGAGAGCAGCUUGCAUUACGCAGACAUUCAAGUGUGCAGCUCUACCCAGCCGCGCUCUGCUUGGGAGGUCAAACACCUGCAGUCAGAAAAUGCUACUCAGUACGCCACUCUCCGCUUUCCCCAGGCCACACCGCGCUAUGACAGCAAGAACGGGACCCUAGUGUGAGCGCUGGGGAGGUCGGACCUGUUUCCAUCCCUUCACCCAUGGGGAGAAUCUGCCCUGGGGAAGUGGCUGGCAGCCCAGCGAUGGCUGCGCCGUUUUCAAGAACUCCAGAGCCCUUGCGAGUGCCCCCAGUCUUGCCCCCUUCCCUAGGCCUAUUGUCUUCUUUGCCACCAUUAGCUUGGAGUUGUAUUGGGGCUAGCCAGGGGUGGAUGGAGUUCCACAAAAUGACGGGGGCUAGGAUGAGCUGCCGGAAGUCUGUUGGCCCCUACCUUGGUUCCUGCUUUCAAGAAAAGUGCUGAUUAGGACAGGUUGCCCCAGCACUUGAGCUGGUUUUGUUGGGAUUAAUUUAAGGGCGUCUCUUCUACACACCUUAAACGCCCAAGCUGAAGAAGGAGAGGUGCUCUGGGAAAGCAUUCCGAUUCUUGUGCACAGCCCCCAGAGCUGGCUUGGGCAGUUCCUUCGGUGGUUGGGGUCAAGGUUGCCAGAAGCCAGACAGACAAACGAGCCCAGGGGCUGAGGCUGACCAUGGGUUACCAGUACUUCAAGUCCCUGACAGCACCGCACGGCCCGGAAACUCCCCUUGGCUGGACUGUGGGCUCUCGCAGGUGCGGAGCCGCUAGGAUCAAUAAAUCGCAGAAGGAA